UGAGGAAGAUAAUAAUUAAUGACUGAAAGGUUUAUAGCGAAAUGAAUGCAAUCGAUAUGUGAAAUAUUGUGUCGUGAGAGGUAAAUAGAAAAAUGCAUGCCGUUUAAAGUGUAUACAUUUCGUCAUUUCUCUUCCAGAAAGUGGAUAUUUAAUUAUAACCCCAAUAGAAUUUGAAAGAUUCGAAGAUAUCUUCUAUGUAGUGAAUUAUAGAUGACCUGGGUUCUCUUAACAACGGGAAGUGACACAUACAGCUGUAUAAAAGGAAUAAAGCAUGGCCAUUUCUCCCCCUGUGGUCAUUUAGCAAAUACUGUCCGACCACGGUGAAACAUGUAAAAACAACGUUGAUAAUAAGAAUAACUUUGAGGGUAAGAUAUAAAUCAAAUGCGUUACCGUGGAAAAACUGAAGUCAUUUAAGUCCUUUAGAAAUAGAUAGUAAUUGUCAGUACACAAAGACGACAAGCGGCUUCAUCAGAUUUAUGUUUCAAAUAUUCCAAUUUCUUGAUUAAAGGAUCUCAUUUAAUAAACGACAGCGUAGGAAGAUGAAGUCGCGGCUGUUCUUUGCUUAGCACAAUUAUUAGCAGUUUCGUGUGUUGGUGUGUAAAAACGAAAACACCCGAUAUGAUUAAAUUUAAUAUAGUAUUAGUAAUAUGGGUGAACCAAAUACAGCGGAAUAAUUAGUACGUAUAUUCUAACAGGAAGGAGAGUUAUAGGUGCAUUCUUCGUCAAUUUAUUAUCUACAAAUUAAAAAAACUAAACGAUCCUGUCAUUAAACCCGUAGAAUGUGAUAAUAGAUCAGGUGAACAGUCGAUGAAUAAUUGAGACGCUUUCAGAGAUUUCAAUCUGGUUUGAUAUUUCACCACUUCAAACUGACAAAUGAUAUUAAAUAUGGAAACUUCAACUUUGUUCGAAGACAGUUUCGUCGACACAUUUGAUGUUUUAUCAUCCUCAGGCUCGUCAAUUCAAGUGGGUUGGAAAUUAAAAGCGGCAAAUAUACCUCUAGUGCGGCAAUUUCAGGUGCAUUAUCAAAAGGUUGCAAGCCAAUAUAUUCAAUACGGACCAUUGCUUCACGCAAAUGAACGUGAAUAUGAAGUAGAACAUUUAGUAGCAGACACAUACUAUAAAAUUUGUCUCGUUGUGUACAGAAGCAAUACAACAGAUUAUCGAGAAUGUACGGAUGCCUCAACAACAAACUGGCAACUACCUGUUUCAGUGGGAAGCAGCAUAGGGGCUAUGUUGGCCCUUUCAGUUAUUGUACUUAUCGUCUUGUUGUCAAGGUGCAAAGUUCCUCUUCGAUACAGAGGAAAGAAAUCGAAAAGCUCAACCAGAUACGACACAAUUCCAUCGAUGUACCGUGAUGACCAGCAGUUUGAGUGCAGUGAAACUGUUACACACGGCAAUGACGACGACUUUGUGUCCGAAUUUGACGACGAAGCAUUCUAUGAAGUUCCUCUUCAUGAUCAUACACGGUCAAUGCGGACUGUGAAUCCUGACAAAUCAGCGAUACAAAACGGCCAAUGCCGUUGCCAUGUACAUCCUCACGGCCAGGCAAACAGUCAACAUAGAAAUUCAUUGGGACGGAUAAAUUGCUCACAGCCCCAUCAUCAUACGCGACAAUUUCGGGCAUACUCUAUACAAGCUAAUGGUAGUGUUUGCUUUUUUAAUCAGCCAUGUUCACCGUUAGCGAAAGAUCCGAAAAUACCGCCGUUAAUGAGACAGGACUCAAAACAAGACAAAAUAUCUCCCCCACAGGAUAUAAGCAUACGCCCAAUACACCUUUCACACGUUCAAUGUCGCUUAAAGAAUAUCCAACAACACGGUCAGAUAUUACCUGCAUGCCAGAACAAAAGGUUGGCUCACCACCCGCUCAGGCUUUUACAUUCAUCGACGAGAUUCCAGAAGUUUUUUCAUCGAAAACAUCUUCAAAGUCCAACAUGUCUGCUGAGGUAUCAGCAACUACACCAAGCAGAGCUGUAA